AUGUCUAUGCCAGAAGUUUUGACCCCCAACAGCACUGUCACCCUGAAUUCAGGUGAACGGAUGCCUGUUGUCGGCUUUGGCUUGUACAAAGCAACCGACGCUGGGAACUCCUGCCGAGAAGCGCUUAAAAGCGGCUACACCCACAUUGAUUCUGCUCGCCAUUAUGAAAACGAGUCAGCGGUAGGUGAAGUAGUGCGGGAUUGCGUGGCAGAUCGCGACUCGAUAUUUCUGACUACCAAAGUCAAGGCGCCAGAGCAUGGUUAUGAGUCGUGUAAGAACGCGGUCAUCGACUCGGUAACCUAUCCCAAACCCGAUCGUUGGGACUUGAUUCUCUUGCACGAUCCCACAGCUGGAUCCGAGAAACGUAUCGAGUCAUACAAGGCACUGGCUGAAGCGCUCAAGGAGGGCAAGACUAAAUCAAUCGGUGUAUCGAAUUUCGGCGUGCAUCAUUUGCAAGAAUUGGAAGCUGCCAACGUUGGACCAUUGCCAGCGGUUAAUCAAGUCGAAUUACACCCUUGGUGUCAACAAAAAUGGAUUGUAGACUACUGCAAAUCCAAAGGCAUCUUGAUCCAAGCUUAUUGUCCGAUUGUAAGAGGCAAAUACAUGGAUCAUCCAACUCUUGUGAACAUUUGUAACAAGGUCGGCAAAACAGGAGCUCAAGUUCUGAUUCGUUGGUCCCUCCAACACGGCUUUGUGCCGUUACCGAAAUCGGACAAGGCUGAACGUAUUCAAGAGAAUUUCGAUGUGUUUUCGUUCGAAUUAGAUGCCGAGUCCAUGGCUCAGUUAGAUAGUCUUGACCAAGGUGAUGCGGGUGCAAUCAGUUGGAACCCUACUCGGGUCGAUUGAAGCGUUAUCCCCUACCCCGGACCCGUCGCAAGUUUGCUUUGUCCAUGCUCGACAUUUGCAAUGACCGUGCUAUAUUGUUUCAGCAGAAGUUGUAUCUUUCUAUUGUACUAGGUAGCCCAAUUUCAUCCGAUGAGCUACUCGGAAUUGUCCUAACAAUGUUGUGAAACUCACUUCGAUA